AGCCGCCCCUUUACCCCGGCCCGUGCCGAGGAGCCCCCUCGCGGGUGCCGCUCCUCGGCUGCGGGCUCCUCCCUGGCCGCUCCCGUGGGGCGGGAUGGGACCCGCCGGAGGGUCUCGCCUCCGCCGAGCCGGGGCCUGGGGAUCAGGGGGGAGUCGGACCCGGCGUGCCCACCCCGCUGUUGGUACCUGCACACAGGUGCUGGCGCCCUGCGAGAGCGGCUCGGCCCUGCUGCAGUGGGGUUCAGCAUCCGGAUAGCUCGCAACGGGACCAGCGAUGUCAAGGCUGUGUCACGGUGCCGGCAGCGUGCUGACCUGAGCCCUGCUGCUGAGUCCUGCAGGCUCUGGAGCAGCCCGACAUAACCUAUUAGUCAUUUUUAAAGAGAGUCACUUGCUAACAGAGUAUAUUUAAACAGAAAUUCUGCUCGGGGCUGGUGGCCUGUGCCAGAAGGGGUGACAGUGGUGACAGUGACUGUCUUUAAACAUCCCUCAGGAAGGUUUGGAAAGGAACAAGGGUAUUGAACAGCUCACCUGCUCACAGGGCAGGAUUUCCCCUAAGCCAUGGGCCAUGGGGACCUGUGCUGAAGUUCCUGUUUGUCUCUUCUGGCAUUUGCAUUUUGGUCUUUGCUUUAGAAAUACUGGGUCACACACUGCUCCUCAAAUAGCCAAUCAGGUUAGCUCAGCUGGGCUUGGUUUGAGAUGUUUCUGUGCAGGGAAGUGAAAUUUGUGAGCCUUUUGUGCAGAAAGUGAAGAAACUCACUUAAAGCAGAAGUUUCUGCUUUUGGCUUUGUGGUAAGCACGGUUUGAAAGGGCUGCAAAAAGAGCAGAAUCAAGGUUGAAGAGGGCCCCCCGAGGUUAAGGCAGAAAGCAGGGUUUGGCCUGGAAGGAGCAGGAGUGCUGAUCUGAGCAGUGCCACACGCUCCUGCUUCAGUGGGUUGGAGAUGUCAUCACUAAGCAGCACUACUCAUCCACACCCUUCCCAGGAAUGUUGGUAGCAGGUUGACUGAUACACUGGAGGAAGGUGUUCCCUGGACAGUCCUGGAGACAGAGCAGAUUGCCCUGGUACCCUGUCCCUCCGUGCUGCUGCAAUGAGCGGGAAGUCCUUGCUCCUGAAGGUGAUUCUCCUUGGAGAUGGUGGAGUUGGGAAGAGCUCCCUCAUGAACCGCUACGUCACCAACAAGUUUGACUCGCAGGCGUUCCACACCAUUGGGGUGGAGUUCUUGAACCGGGACCUGGAGGUGGACGGGCGCUUUGUGACCCUGCAGAUCUGGGACACUGCGGGCCAGGAGAGGUUCAAGAGCCUGCGGACGCCCUUCUACCGGGGAGCAGACUGCUGCCUGCUCACCUUCAGCGUGGACGACCGGCAGAGCUUCGAGAACCUCAGUAACUGGCAGAAGGAGUUUAUCUAUUAUGCUGAUGUGAAGGACCCUGAACACUUCCCAUUUGUAGUCCUGGGCAACAAGAUAGACAAACUGGAGAGGCAGGUGAGCACAGAGGAGGCCCGGGCCUGGUGCAUUGAAAACGGUAACUAUCCCUACCUGGAGACUAGUGCCAAGGAUGACACCAAUGUGACAGUGGCCUUUGAGGAAGCCGUGCGACAGGUGCUGGCGGUGGAGGAGCAGCUGGAGCACUGCAUGCUGGGCCACACCAUUGACCUCAACUCCAGCUCCAAAUCAGGCUCAGCCUGUUGCUGAGAGUGGCUGCUGCUGCCUUGGGAGCAGCUGGAUCAAACACACCUGGGCAGCCCUGGGCCUCUCUGAGGAGAGUGGCCACAAGGACAAGAGGUGGUUUGCUCACUGGGGAGCUGCAGCCUCACCAUCUGAAUCCUGCCUGGGGUUUUCAGGCACAGAGCAUGUAUCUGCAGGAGGGAGCUGUUAACAGAGCAUGUGAGCAUAGUCUUGCUUUCAUCUCUGCCUGUUUUAGCAGGUUUAAAGGGCUGAGUUAAAGUCCUUUAAAUUCCCUAAAGACAAUAGGGAUUUGUUCUCUACCAAGAACUGCCUGCAGAGCAAAGCUGAGAGCAUCCUAGACAUUGAAGUAUUUUAGUCCUGAAAUAAAAAAAAAAAUAGACCCACUCAUGACCAUACUGCCAAAGGAAAUCCCACUCAACAUACUGAACAAAACCUGUCCUAAAGACUCUGGCCCAUGUGACUGAGAAAGCCAAAUAGUGGAGUGGCUGGGAUGUGUGUCUGUUCUUUGGGAUAAGUGCAUUGUGUCCUGAGGCUGAAAUGUGAUGAGAAUUGUUAGAGCUCUGACCAGAAGCAACAUGUGAAGGAGAGAGGGGCCUGUGUUUGAAUGUGACAGUAUUGUUUCUUCAUAGCUGCCUAUUUCUGAUCUGUUUUUCCUCACCUCUAACUUUGUCUUGUGUGAGUGUUAUUUUUUGGAGAGACUGUCUGCUUGUUGUUUAAUACAUGUUUUCUUGUCUCUUGUGGAAGCUCAGCCUUGAAGCCCUGGGUGAAAAACACCGCUGUGGAUGUUCACUGGGUCAUAUCAAAGGGUUACUCAGGAGAUCUGGAGUGUGACACUUCAGCUGGUUUCUGUCACAAGUGAUCAUUGUGUUCAGGUGAUGUGCUCUAGCAGGCCAGAUGGCAGGUGGGUGGGCUGUCUCCUGGGUGUGCAGGUGGCUCAUGUGUGGUCAGCUGUUAAACCCACUCUGUCUGGCACCAGUGACCACUGUGCCUCAUCAGCUGGCACAGCCACACCUUCAGUUGCUCUAGCAUGGAUGUUCCCAUGAAUGCUGCAGUGUGGAACCAUUCACCUGGUGUGUCAGGCACUGUUAGCCCAUGCCAUCCUGGCCUCUGAUCCUUCAUAGGAAACCCAGGAUGUUUUAUCUGUAAUUCUGUGACAGACUGGUCAGGUGUCUGCUGGGUUAACUGACUGCUGUGUUCAGUCCAGUGGGGAGAAAACUGCACCACUUUCUCUGUUCAAGAUGUGGGCAGCCCAAGGAGCCUUCUAGAAGGGAUGCCAGGCUUUGCUCCCAUCUCCUGCCCUCUGCUAGGUGUUAGUCCCAGGCUGGCUGUGUAGCAGAGAUGAGCUUGCUGGCUGCUGCCUUUGCCAUUCACACCCCAAGCCCUGCAACCUCCCGUGCAAGCAUUUGGCCAAAGCUGUGGCUGCCCACAGGCACGUAGGAGCCUGCUCCAAGCACGUAUCCACUGGCUGCCGAGUGAUUCCCACUGUGAUCAGCUGCUGGAUGGUGAAUUUUAUAGCUCAAAUCAAGCAACCCUCCUUUAAGCUGUGCUUUAGAGCAGGGCAGUCUCUGCCCUGUUUUGGCAGCUUGUCCCCAUCAAGGCACAGUCUCUGAGCAUGCAGAGCAUGAGCAUUUCCCCCAUUUCUCUGGGGUAAACCAGGAAGAUACUGCCCUUGUCUGCAGGGCAACUGUGUGUGGAAGGGACUGGAGUAUUAGUGCUUUAGGGGGAUCUAAUUUCUAAACAGGCCAGUUGUAUUCCUGGGGAGUGAAUGCUAUUCAGGCAGCUCCCUGAAGGAGAAGGUUCUGCCUCUGUAGGUGAAAGAGAUUUUUACAGGAUAUUAUUGUUACUGUUUAUUUAACCGUGUCUGACCUCCUGAGGCCUCUGGAUUUUUUCUUCAUUAGCACUGCUUGAUAUUUCCUUCAAGGUCCCAGGCUCUGUGACCUGUGCUUCCAGUUCCCAUCCCUGAACAGGCACAGGGGCUCAGGAUGAGAACAGACUUGAGUCCCUCUUUGCUGCCCCCUGGUAGGGGGGCUGCUGAGGGAGCUCCCUGCAGGUGAAACUGCCACUUGCCAUGGAUUUUCUGGGAUCUCUGUGAGGAAUGGCACAUCCUACAGAAGGGGGCAGAGAUUCAGCAUGCCACAGUGCAGGAGGCACAUGUGCAGCUGUUUGCAGCACCCUGUGUGUGUCAAUGCUGGCAGCUAAAGCUCAAGGACCUCGUUGUGCACGUGUUACACAGCACUUUUAUUUCUGACAUAGGAUCACUGACUUUUUAUAUUAACCCCCCCCAUUAUAUCAGGCUUAUGUGUUUUUUUAUAAAAGGUAGAGUAUAAUAUAUUUCAGUUGUUUAAUUUAUUUUAAAUGAAACGCACAAUUCCCAAAGGAGCCAGGAUUUUGAACUCUGUUGCAGUUCAGUGCCAACAGCCAUCCCUUCCCGUGCCCCCUCGUGCUGCUGCGGUUGUUGCUAUUGCUACAGAACUGGAAUUGUAAAACCAAGAGUCUACCUUUAUUUAAGCAAAUAAAACAUGGAUGUAUUCAAGUGAA